GGCGGGCGCCGGGUUUCCCGCGGUCUGAGCUGGCGCGGGCGGAGGCGACUCGCUCUUAAAGGGCCAGCCCCCGCGCGUCCUUUUGUUCCGGGGCCGCAGGGCGGGGCAGGCCCUACUUUCUCGGUUUCGGCGUCUCGGCUCCGGAUCGACCAUGAUUUCCCAGUUCUUCAUUCUGUCCUCCAAGGGGGACCCGCUCAUCUACAAGGACUUCCGCGGGGACAGUGGCGGUCGGGAUGUGGCCGAGCUCUUCUACCGGAAGCUGAUGGGUCUGCCCGGAGACGAGUCUCCGGUUGUCAUGCACCAUGAUGACAGACACUUUAUUCACAUCCGACACAGCGGCCUCUAUUUGGUGGCCACAACCUCAGAAAACGUCUCUCCCUUCAGCCUCCUGGAGCUGCUCUCCCGGUUGGCCACGUUGCUGGGCGACUACUGUGGCUCCCUGGGCGAGGCGACCAUCUCCCGCAACGUGGCUCUUGUGUAUGAGCUCCUGGACGAGGUGCUGGACUACGGCUACGUGCAGACCACAUCCACGGAGAUGCUGAGAAACUUCAUCCAGGCGGAGGCCGUGGUCAGCAAGCCCUUCAGCCUAUUCGACCUCAGCAGCGUGGGCCUGUUUGGGGCUGAGACGCAGCAGAGCAAAGUGGCGCCCAGCAGUGCUGCGGGCCGCCCCGUCCUGGCCGGGCGCGCUGACCAGAGCCAAAAGAACGAGGUGUUCUUGGAUGUGGUCGAACGGCUGUCUGUCCUGAUAGCGUCUAACGGGUCACUUCUGAAGGUGGAUGUGCAGGGGGAGAUCCGACUCAAGAGCUUCCUUCCUGGUGGCUCCGAGAUGCGCAUCGGCUUGACGGAAGAAUUCUGCGUGGGAAAGUCAGAGCUGAGAGGCUACGGCCCAGGGAUCCGAGUGGAUGAGGUGUCAUUCCACAGUUCCGUGCACCUCGAGGAGUUCGAGUCUCAUCGGAUUCUCCGCCUGCAGCCCCCGCAGGGCGAGCUGACGGUGAUGCGGUAUCAGCUCUCGGAUGACCUCCCGUCCCCGCUCCCCUUCCGCCUCUUCCCAUCUGUGCAGUGGGACCGAGGCUCGGGCAGGCUCCAGGUGUAUCUGAAGUUACGCUGUGACCUGCCAGCCAAGAGCCAGGCCCUCAACGUCAGGCUGCACCUUCCCGUGCCUCGUGGGGUCAUCAGCCUGUCCCAGGAGCUGAGCAGCCCAGAGCAGAGGGCGGAGCUGGGGGAGGGCGCACUGCACUGGGACCUGCCUCGAGUGCAAGGAGGCUCUCAGCUGUCCGGCCUUUUCCAGAUGGACGUGCCGGCUCUGCCCGGGCCUCCAGGUGCCGGCCCCUCCACCUCGGCGCCCCCUCUGGGACUGGGCCCGGCCAGCCUGUCCUUCGAGCUCCCGAGGCACACAUGCUCCGGCCUGCAGGUGCGCUUCCUCAGGCUGGCCUCACGCCAGUGUGGCCAGGCCGGCCCGCACAAGUGGGUUCGGCACCUGAGCCACAGUGACGCCUACGUCAUCCGCAUCUGACGCAGCCUGGUCUGGCUGGAAGGGGCCGGGCUUCCUGCUCCCAUGGCGUUUGAGGAAAGAUGGGGUGACCCACGACGUACAAAUGGAACUUUUAUUCCUCGGAAUUGGCUGUACAGUGUCUAAAAAGUAACGUGGGGAAGCAGCGGCGCC